AUGAAACGUCUAUCAGAUCUGCAGACCAAAAUUUUGUUUGAAAAGCUAUCAAAAUAUAUCGGAACAAACGUAAAAUUGUUAAUAGAUCGCUCUGAUGGUACCUACUGUUUUCGAGAAAUGAAAUCACGAGUCUAUUACAUGUCGGAGAAGAUACUGAAGCAGGCGGAAACGGUACCAAAGGAAAACAUGGUGUCGAUUGGAACGUGCUUCGGGAAGUUCACAAAGGGAAACAAGUUUAUAUUACAUAUCACGGCGCUCGCAUUUCUCGCCCCAUAUGCACAGUACAAGAUCUGGCUGAAGCCAGCUGCGGAACAGCAGUUUUUAUACGGCAACAACGUAGCAAAGUCAGGCAUGGGACGAAUCACGGAAAAUACUCCCGUGUACCAAGGUGUCGUAGUUAUGUCGAUGAGCGAUGUUCCUCUCGGUUUUGGUGUGACGGCUAAAUCAACGAAUGAUUGCAAAUUGGCCGAUCCAUUGGUAACCGUUUGUUUCCAUCAAGCAGAUAUUGGCGAAUAUAUUCGAUCGGAAGAUAAUCUAAUAUAGGGUCGUAAAAUAAAACUAUCAAUCUAUUGGUUGCAUUUUUCUAAGCAAAUUAUACUGAAAGUUUGUGGUCAUUCGGCAUGAAUAC